GGAAUUGUAGUUCAAAUUUCGUAACGCUACGAAAAUCUUGUCGUUUCCCAUUUUGCCCCUCCCUCGCCUCACUCACUCGCGAUUCCCCUCCUCUCCUCACUCACUCUGAAAUCCCUAGCUCGCCCGCGCCGCUCUUCCUCUGGCCCGCGCCGCUCUCCCUCUCGCCCACGCCGCUCUCCCUCUGGCCCGUGCCGUUCUCCCUCUCACCCACGCGGCUUGCCUGCGUCUACGUCGCCGCUUCUCCCUUUCGCCCGCGCCGCCUCUCCCUCUCGCCGGCUUCGCAUGCGCCACCUUCUCCUGCUCAAGCCAAAGCUGGCUUUUUUACUGAAGUCCAGGAAGAGCAGCAGUAGUGCGGGGCAGACAGCCUUGUCCUGCUCGACGACGGUGGCAGCGUUCUCCGGCUCGACGACGGCGGCGACAAACGCUAGCGCUCCUCGUCUUCCUCGACCUGCAAGGAGGAGCACCGGUACUGGAGAUGCGGCUGCUGCUGCCAGGUCUGCACGACGUGGAGGUCCUGCAGAUGCGGUUGCUGCUCUGGCGGGCGAGGGGGAGUUCAAGCUGCCGGGCGACUUCAACUUCAUCUUCAUCUGCAGAUCAGGUGGAGUAUUUGCUUGAGGUCCAGGUUCAUCCUCUUCUGGUGGAGAACAAUUCAGGCGCGUACGAUUCGCUUGAUUCGGGUGGGAACAUUACAAUCAAAUGUGGUGUUAAUGGCCUGAAGAUUUUAUCAGAUUAUCCACCAUUCAUCCUGCAACCGGACUGGCAAAUACUGCUGAAUAUGUUCAGAUGCAGAAAUUGGAACAAAGGAAAACAUCACAUGCUCCGACCAGAUUAAUUUCCAACUUAGCUGGAUGCCUAGUUAUGGGAAUCGACCAGAUUAAUUUCCAACUCAGCUAGAUCCUUGCUAUGGAGACAGAGGAGUCGUAGGUUGGGCAUCGCCCCCUCCUCAAAUCCCAGGUACGCCAUAACAUCUCCUUGUCUCCCCUAUCAGUUCAGUUCAGUCUGUUUGAAGCUAAGAUCAAUUCAGUGCAUGCCCCUAUCGCUACAGAAGUGCACAUCAGCUUUCUCAUUCUUACAUGAGCAAAUUUCAUGAAAAGAAUCUUCUAUGGGAACACAUCGAUUUGGUUUUUUUUUCAAAUGCAGGAGUACUAUGGAUUACAGAAGAAUUGAUUUGUAAGAUUGCCCACAAGUGAUAUUGUGCAGAAAAUUGUGAAAUUAGUCUGACUUCUACUGUACAGAAGAAUUGAUUUGUAAGAUUGCACACAAGAAUUGAUCUGAGUUCUGCUGUUGUGCAAGGGGAGAGGCGAGGAGAACCUGCUUGGAAGCAACGUGUUGCGGCGGCGGGGACGAGCUAGGUGGGAUGGGCGCGGCGAGGACCAAUCUGGGGCGGCGACGACCAAGCUGGGCGGGGGCGGCUACCAAGCAGGCACAGCGGCGGCCAAGCUGGGCGGGCGCGGCAGCAACCAAGCGGGCGCAGAGGAGGCCGAACUGGGCACCUGGGAUCGGGACCGAGUGCCUGCAGGCGGGGCCCGCGCGCUUGGACGAAGGGGAUGACGCGAGCUCCUGCAGGAGGAAGACGGGACGCUGGAGAAGGAAGACGGGCGAGCUCCUGUAGGAAGAAGACGACGCGAGCUCUGGAGGAGGAAGACGACUCAAAUUUCAAAUCGAGGGUAAAACUGUCCAUUUCCCCAUUUGUCGGCUAUGUCUGAAAAUUGUAAACGCUCUUAUAAAAGUUUACAGAGGGAGUAUUUCGCAUUC